AUGGGCCCCUAUAUACCGCCUCCUCAUGCUGCUGCCAGGCCCCUAAUCUGCCAUGGGCCCCUAUAUACCGCCUCCUCAUGCUGCUGCCAGGCCCCUAAUCUGCCAUGGGCCCCUAUAUACCGCCUCCUCAUGCUGCUGCCAAGUCCAGAGUCUGUCAUGGGUCCCCUGUACGGCCUCCCAUUGCUGCUGUCUCCAUCGCCACACUCUGCCAUGUGCCACUUUCAGGUCUCCUCACACACUGCUGGUGUGUUGAAUUUUUUUGACAUAGGGUGCUGGCAGAUUACGGGCCUCCCAUAGCUGCUGCCAGGCCCCUAAUCUGCCAUGGGCCCCCCUAUAUACCGCCUCCUCAUGCUGCUGCCAAGUCCAGAGUCUCUCAUGGGUCCCUGUACGGCCAUCCAUUGCUGCUGUCUCCAUCGCCACACUCUGCCAUGUGCCACUUUCAGGUCUCCUCACGCACACUGCUGGUGUGUUUGAAUU